AUGAAUAUUUUUCCUAAUGUAUUUGAAGAAAUAGAUAAAAUAGAGGCACGAGAUGAAGAUAAUGUGCCAUAUCCUCGGUUUGGAUGUCUUUUAGAUACUGAUUCUAUUGUUUUUUUGCAGAAUAAUUCUUUUGAGCAGCAGUUAUUACAACUUAUAUCAUUACUGUCUAUUCCUCGAUCAAAGUUAUUAAAAAAAGAUAUUUCUGAGCAAUCUUUUAAGGAUUAUUCUAAUAUUCUUGUUGAAGUGUCAGUAUAUUUUCUGUAUUGGGUUGAAACUGCUGUGUUUAUAUUUAGAGCCUUGGAUUUUGAUGAUGAUAUUGAAUGGGCUUAUCAUGCAAAAGAUCUAUUUAAUGAAGUAGAGAAAGAGGUUAUAAAUGCGUCUUCUAUUUUUAGUAAUUUUAUUGAAAAAGCUUCUGAUUCUAUUUUUCAAGAAUCUUCUGAUUCUAAUUCUAUAAAUUUAAAAUCUCAGGAAAUAUCUCAAGGCUGGACGUUUGUUAAAAAAUUUCUUGGAUUUAUAAAAUACCAAAUAGAGAUUUCAAAAGAAUGGGUAGAUUGUAUUGAGAUAUUGAAUCAAAUAAAUCAAGAACUUAAGAAAUGUGAUGUACUUGUUUUUGAAAUUAAAGAACGAACUCUUGAUAUUCCUUCUAUUUCCCAUCAAUUUAUGGAAUUUAUAUCUUUGGAAUCAUUUGUUAAAGAUGUUUUUGAUGAUGAAAAAAUAGGGACAUUGGAGGAAAUAAAUUCAACUGACAUUUUGAAUAAAUGGAAUAGGAAUUGUCAAAAUUUUAUAUUUCAAGUUUACGAGAAAAUAAAACCACUUGAAACAUCUCUUAUUUUUUUUAAGCUCCGAAUUGAGUAUUUUAAGGAGAAAGCUCUGGAAUUGUUUCCUACUGCUAUUCAUGAUAUAGAACAAAGAAGACAUAGUUUGGAAAUUAAAUGUAAAAAAUUACAAGACAAUUUUUCUUCUGUAAAAAGAAAAUUUCAAGAAGAUAAAUGGAUACUUGUUUUUUCAUAUGUUAAUAAACAGGCAACAGAUAUUAUGGACUCAUUAGAAUUAGAAAUACAGAAAUUUAAUACUUCUUCGCCUAUAACUAAAAAAGUUACUGAGUCGUAUAAGACAUAUAAAGUGAAAAGAGACAGUUACGCUAUAAUACGGAUUAUUACCCUUAUAGAAUGGGGAGUAUGGAAUAAACUAACGAAUAGUAGCCAAGUUAUUGAAGGUUAUAAUACUUUAUAUGAAAGAUGGAAAAAUUUAAAUAAAAAUAUUAUAAAAAUUGACAAUAUAGUUUUAGAAAAUGAUACCUCUUCUAAAGAUUCAGAAAAAAAUACUGAGUCUGUUGUUAAUGAUUCAGAAUCAGUGAUAUCUAAAUCAGUUAAGUCGUGUACAAUUCCAAAAACUCCACAAUUUCCGAUAAAAUAUUGUUCUCUGAUUCCAGUAUCUAAAAAUAAGCGUCGGCCUUUAUUAUAUGAUAUGCUUAAAGUUAAAUCUAAAAUUCAAUCUACACCCAGAAAUUUACAUUAUCCUAGCUAUGUUUAUAGCACAUGUUUUACGAAUCAUUCUGACAAUAUUAAUUUAUCUAAAAAAUCUAGCAUAUCUUCAUUUACUGAAGAUACACCUAUACAGCUUUCUAAGCUCAAGAUAUUUCCUGCUAUAAUGGAACAAACUAGAAUGAGCAAUAAAGUUACUUCUCAUUUAAGUUUAAAAUUAACACCUACAAAAAACACACCUAGUUCAAAAAAUAAUCCUAAUUCAAAAAAUAGUCCUAAUUUAAAAAAUAGUCCUAAUUCAAAAAAUAGUCCUAGUUCAAAAUCCAAAAUAUUGAUUUCUGGAUUGGGCGUUUCUCGUGCUUCUCCUUUACAACAUACGGUUUCUACUGAACAAAUAUCAUCUCGAAAUUCCAAUAUAAAACUAACGAAGUAUAAAGAAAAUAAUUCUUCGUUUUCUAAUAUACCACGCCCAUCAUUUCAAAAGAUAUCAUGUUUUUCUGUUUUAGGGAAUCAGAAUUCUUCUAUAAAAAUGGUAUCCACACAAAAAAAUAUCUUUGCCUAA